AAUGCAUUACUAAAUCAUCAUAAAAAAUAAAAAUUUAACCAAAACCGUGACUGUUCCCAUUUAAAAUAUGUUUCUAUAUUUGACUUUAAUUGGCUUGGUAUGGGGCUACCCAUACAUUCAUUUGAAGGAAUGAAUUAUGUCCAAAGAGAUUUCGUCACAGUAUGAUCAAAGAUUUGGUAGGGAAAGGGAAUGUUAGACCUUUGGCUUGACCCUGCAAAGGGAAACAACUUUUGGUGUGGAUUGGUCUCAACUUGUACUGCCACUUGUGCUUAAAGUCACUUCUUUGUAAUGUUUGAUAACUCUGUAAGCCUUGACCAGAGUGUUAUUAUAGUUUAUUCUGCAAUCUACCCAUUCCAGAAAAGUUAUGUUUCAUGGCCGAAAUCUUUGAAGAAAACCGGUAAGAUGUAGUCCCAUUGAUUUAAAUAAAUGGCAAAUUUAUCACAGCCAAGUUUGCACCAUCUGAAUGUUUUUGUGGUAAAGAGGAGAUCAACUAUAUAUCUACAUCUUCUCUCCUACAAGUGUUCAGUUUAUUCGCACCAAGAGAAACUUUGUUUACAUUUUGCAAAGUUUGGAUUGGAUUAUUGAUUACUGUACAGUCUGAUUUAAAAAACUUUUCCCUUCUUCUUACACUCAUUACUGUGAAAGGACUACAUGUAUAUAUAUACUGGUACACACCCUUUUAAGAGAAGGGGAUUGAUUUGAAUCGGACUGAUUAAUGUGUAGGUGUGUUAAUAAAAAACGCUCCAUGUGUACUUGUAGUUAUUACAUUUAACUGAUUCAGCUAGACAAGUAUAAUGUAAACUUUAUAGACUCAUUUAUCAAGACUAUGGACAAUGGGUAGUUUGAUGUGUCAAACAGUAAUUUGAUGUAGGCAUGUCUGUUUCAUUGUUGGGCAGCAUUUAGUCAAUGACUAUAGAAAUCAACGUUUGUGUGAUUCUUAUCUCUGCCUGUGUUGUCGAUGCAUAUUUCAAUUCAUUUUAAGGCAGUUUUAAUUUUCAUUUGUUUUUAUUCGUGAAAAAAUGAAAGUUACAUCAUACCAAAAUUCCAUGGUCUUAUUAAAAUAGCUCUAAAAAGAUGUGUGAUUGAAUCAAAUUUACAUAUAUUGUACCAGUUUUAAAUUAUACAUUGUAAUGAGAUUUCGUUACCUAUUAUUGCAACUCUCUAGUGGGAAUUGAGCAACCAUCAUUAUUUCGGGUGAUGACUGGUAUUUUUCAACUUUACAUUAAUUUGUAUUGUCUGGUAAUAUUACUUUUACAGAUUUCCAUGAGUUUUUUUGGCGGAUGAUUGAUGAACGAUCUUGUAUGCCCCCAUUCUCACCGCAGAGGGGGAAAACUCAUCCCCCGAGUUGCUUCCUGUGAGUGCGGCAAACAGUUGAUUGAUCACAAAUCGUAAACUUAUUCAGUUAGGAGAUUCGUAAUGAGAUUAUAUUAUACAACAGAUGAAAAAAACGCUCUCCAAUAAAACAUCAGCGCCAAUAUGUGUUUAAUGGUAAUGAGACGAUCUGACGAGACCGGGUUAUUGCGGAACACAAACCAGCCACAACUGCUGUCAACUUUCACUAUCGCAUCCAGAAAACCUGUCUAUACAGCUGACGUUCGCCUGAAGUCUACUUAUGAUUGGUCAUCCUUUAACUGCAUCUAAAUUAUGGUAUCUUAAAGAGGAGUAUGUACAUCUACAUCAGCAUGAUGGGAUUAUUUUUAUAACCCACCUUUUAUGACACAAAAUGGUCAGGCUUGACUUGAUUUGAAGAAUGGUACAGAUGAAACUAAGACCAAGAGAGGGGGUAAUGACUCUUGUCACUCCAGGGAGUCAGGCUACAGGUAGUACAGGACGACCGGCAUUCCAUGGGGACAGAUCUGAUUGGGUGAUCUUGACCAUCAGUGAAGUCUUCAUCACAGCACCCCCCUUUCUCCCCACCCACCCACCCACCUUUACAAGGACAGGAGCUGAGAGUGAAGGUUUUGAUAAACAAGGGCAUCAGGUUCCAACUCCUAUUCUCUUAAUUUGCCGCUGCAUCGGAUUUACUCCUCACAGUACAAGUACAUCAAUAGUAUCCGGAGGAUGUGGCAUAACAGGUGUUGGAAGCAAUGAUUGGAUGGUUGGUGGGGUGUUGCCAUGGCACCACUAGACCCAGAGCCAGGGAACAAUACCACAGACAUCAGUGACAAAGGCAGGUUUGUGGAGCCAAGCGCUGAUGAGAUCCUGCUAUGGGCCGUGGUCUGUGCUCUUGUCACCUUCUUUGGUUUGGGUCUAGCCACUUUUAAAUACCUCAGAGAUCAGUAUGACACACCUGACAAUAAGAAGAAGAGGAAGGACAAGUCAGAGUUGGAGAGGAGAGAGAAGGAAGAAAAGGCGGUGGCUGGCGUCAAGCGGGAACCCAUUGCAGCGGAGCAGUUCCUCCAAAAGCUCAAACAGAAAAAAUCGGACAAACAUCUCAACAUUGAAGUUCGGGCCAUUGUGAGGAACCAAGAUGAAUUCCCUAAUACGGUUGCCAUGACACCAGAAAACAUUUUGCUAAAUGUCAACCAAGAUGUAAUUACCUAUGACCACUCCCGGGUUGUUCUGUAUGAUAUACCGCAGGAUGAGGGCUGUUCAGAUUACAUCAACGCCAGCUUCAUUGAUGGUUACUGUCGAGCCAAAGAGUACAUAGCAACCCAAGGACCCAAGCAGAAGACAGUUCCUUCGUUCUGGAACAUGGUGUGGCAGGAAAGGGUUCACUGCAUCGUCAUGGCAACUGGUCUGUUUGAAAAUGCUAAUCAACAGUGUGACAAGUACUGGGGGGACGUAUUCAGCAUGCACAAGUACGUCAAACAUGGAGACAUCCACAUCUGGCUGGAGUCCACCAUGGAGAUCUCACAGCUGACAAUCCGGACCAUCCGGAUACAGAGGGAAGGGGCCCCUGACCAGCGCAUUGUUAAGCACUUUGAGAUGAUUGGCUUCAAUGACGAGGGUACAGACGCAGGGUUUGUACUGGAUUGCAGACGGAGAGUUCACGACUACAUGCUGACUGCCGACGGCCCAAUUCUUGUACACUGCAGAUGUGGAGGGGGUAAGACUGCUGUGUUCAUCGCGGUGGAUUACUGCCUGAAGGAGCUGGAGGCAGAGGGCCAUGUAGAUGUGUACAGUGCUGUUCUCUAUCUCCGAAAGUUUAGAAAAAAUAUGGUUCGAACCCUGUUUCAGUACCGGCUUGUGUACGAGUGUAUAGCCAUGUAUCUACAGUGUGGUAUAACAGUGGUGGCCGCGGUCAAGUUCCCAGGCGUAGCCUCCAGACUCGCAGUCAAAGACCCCAGGACCAGGAUGUUAGGCUUUGAAAAAGAAUUCCAGUCUCUGAAGUCUCAGGUAACCAAGUUAAGCAUUGGAGACUGCGCGGGAGGCCAUCGGUCAGAAAAUCGCAGCAAGAGUCGCGACAUCAUGCUGCUACCACCUGAACGAGCACGUCCCUACCUCUUGACUGCAGAGUCUAGUGAGCAUGCUACAGAUUUCAUCAAUGCAGUAUACGUGGACGGGUAUUACCAGCAGAACAACUUCCUGGUGACCCAGUGGCCCCUCCCCCACACGGUACCGGACGUCUGGAGGCUGGUGUUUGACUACAAAAUCACCUCCGUAGUGGUCCUCAAUGACUCAAAGUUCUCCAGGAAUUACCCUUGCUUUUGGCCAACAGAACUUGAUCAGGAGCAGAAAUUUGGACCAAUUGGAGUGAAGUAUUUAGGCAGUCACAAAGUGGCUCACGUCACCAUCCGGGCAUUUGCAAUCAGAAAACUGCCUAGACUGCAAUAUGACUCAGUUCUCAGACAUCUGGGAUCUGAUGCACUGAACAUCACCUGUAUACCUCUGGGAGAUGCCAGUCAGGACAUCACCAUUGUGAAGAUGUUUCAGCUCAACAGCUGGCCCAGCAAGGAGAAGACACCCUUCUCCUCCAAGUCCCUCAUCUACCUGAUGGGAUUUGUGGAGGAAUGGCAGCAGAGGACCAACCCCCUCAAUCCAGUCCUUGUUAUGUCAAAAGACGGCUUCACCAGGGUAGGGGUAUACUGUGCGUGUAACUAUUGCUGUGAUCAACUCAAAGCCGAGGGCGAAGUUGACAUUUUUAAUGCUGUCCGAAUUAUCAAAAAGAACAGACCUGCACUUGUGCCAAAUGUUAUGGAGUAUAUUUAUUGUUACUCUUUCCUUGUUUUUGUGAUUGAGAUUAUGCAAGAAGACAGACCCAAAAUAGUGAUAACCGGCCCUGCCACUAAGGCGGGCCAAGUGAAUCGAGGCUACGAUUUCACCAACCACCUGUCUCCCGAGGACACCUCUAGCCUAGCAGCCACCUCCGACUGGAGUUAUGUGACCGCCUACGACUCCGUGGUAAGAGACGGAUCGAAUCUUGCAGCAAGGGGGCGAGUGACCACCAGCAUUUCACCUAUAUCCCAGCUCCAAAUCCCCACAGUGGACAAAAGCCCCAGUAGUUCACAGCCCAGUGUCAGUAACUACAGGGGACACGAUAACAACAAACCUCUGUCCUCCAGUCGGUCCCCUGUUGUUGAUCGGGGGCAGGGGAGGAGAGUGUCGGAUAGAGAACAGACAAAACCCUGUAAUUCUGUGGGACAUCGACUGGAUUCCUACGAGCAAGGCCAUGUAGUUAGUAGGACGCAGCGAUUAUCAGACAGGCAACCUGAGAAAAACAAUAACUUCUUAGAACGCUCAAAUUCUAAUGGCUCAAGUGUGUACUACUCAAGUGGGUCCGUAGACACGAGUUCCACGAGUCAGGGGGAGGGACAUUCAGGAAGUGUCCGUGGUAAGGACAUCAGCACCUCACGCACUCGUAGACCCACCCUAAAGCGACAGAAUGCAGAGGAUAUGGUGGAAUUAAAGUCCAUGCAGAAACGAAGCUGAUAUACAUCACUGGGACCCUUGUGACACUGUGACAAUCCUAACACCUUUUCUUUUUAAAUUCGGCUUUGUACAUGUAUUUUGUAUGUUACAUGUUCUAGUUCUGACAACAGUGCCUAACUUGUUGUUCAUACUCGUUUAUAUCCCUGGGUUCAGAUUUCUGUAAACUAAUAUUAUUAUGUAGUAUUGAGCAAUAAGUCUCAACCUUAUGUUUCAUUUGUUAUCCCUGUUUACUUUGGGUUGCAUUUUAGCCCACUCCAUGGGUAACAGUGUUACUGUAAACCAACUUUUAUUCAUGUACGAGAAAUAUUCGCAAGGUUUGUGAGAGCCCCUUCGUCGCUAAUAUUUCUUGUCGCAAUCUAGUCCUUGUUGUAUGGCUAUAAAGUUGACUUUAAUUGUAGAUAAAACUUGGUCGCAAAAAUUAGUUGUCGCGAACCAGUUGGUUUUUUUUUUACGGUUAAUCGGGAAAUAAAGUGGUCACAAAUAAAAGUUGGUUUACAGAAUUUGGUAUUUUUGUGUACUGUAGACCAGGACAAAUUUGUUUUAGUAGGUACGUAUUUUUGAUGAUAACUAAUGUUGUGUGUAUUUAAUGAUAGAUUACGAGUUUAGACAUAGAAUUCAAUGGACAAUGAUGCAUUCAUCUUGGUUGUGUUACUUUAUAGUAAUGCACACAAAACUAAGCAGGUAUUGUGAAUGGCAUUAAGCUAGUUUGUUGUGCAUUCUGUAACAAAAUGCUUUUAUUUUCCAUUCAAGUCUUCCAAGUUUCUUGUAAUUCUCAUACAAGCCAAAGAUAACAUUUCCUUGUUUAUGUACACACUUGGUUGUUCCGUUCUGUUACUGAUUCACCAUUCUCAACUGUUUGUUGUAGGAUUUUUAUUGUUAUCUAUACCGUUACAUGCACCACAAUACACAGUUACCUUUUCCUUAUGUGAUAAUCUUAUUUAUGUAUAAACAUUCCUUAACCAGAGAUUGUUAUUUUGAUGUUGUAAAUUCUAUAAGCCCCCACUUACCACGCUGUUAUACGGACGUAGAUAGGGUGAGACAGGCUGGGGGUAAUACAAGGUCGGGGGACAAGGAUAUUGAUGUUUGUCUUCAGUGAUGUUUUGUACCAAUCCUACUGUUUCCUGCAGAAAUCUUUCGUAGAGUGUAAGCAAAUGCUAGGAAAAUUCCACAAAAAUACAUAUAAACCCGUAAUUUCAAUAUUCCAUUCAGCAAACAUUUAGUUGUUUUGGGAUAAGAACUGAAAGCAUAGAAUGAUUGUGCCUUGCAUUUAUAUGCACAUAAAAGUGGCUAACGCUAUUGCCUACCAAUACAUGUAGUAUUUCCAAUAACUGUUGGAUAUUCAAGGAUUUUCUUACAAUAAUUUCUGUCUAAUCCCCCAAUAGAGAAAUUCAACUUUAACAAUCAUCUGUUUCCAUACAUUUUAUCAUUUAUCCUGUUUGAUACAUUUUAUCAUUAAUUCUAUUGGAUACAUUUUAUUAUUCAUCCUGUUGGAUAGUUUUUAUCAUUUAUCCUGUUGGAUACUUUUGACAUUUAUUAUUUUGAUACAUUUUAUCAAUCAUGUUUGUUACAUUAUAUCAUUCACACGGUUGGAUACUUUUUUGAAUUUAUCCUAUUAGAUACAUUUCAUGAUUUAUAACGUUGGAUACAUUUUAUCAUUUGAUUGUAUGAUAAUCAUUCAUACUAUCCUUCACAUCAACAGUCCUUUGCACAUUUCAUUGUAUACUUUCCAUUACAUAGAUACAGGUAUAAUCCAUACCACCAUUAAACACUUUGAAACAAUAUUCCAUAAGUUAAGCAUGUUGUAUUGUUCAUCCUGGCACAUUGGGCCGUCUAAAUCAACAUUCCAUUCUCUCAACUGGAUUAGACAGAUAUUGCAAUACAUGUACUUUAACACCGACGUUGGCUUACUGUAAUAUCCCUUAUUGCUACUUUCUGCAAACAAGUUCUUCAGUGUGUGUAUAUUCCAUGUUUAACUACCGUGUAAUUUGUUCCAAUUUUCAUUGUACCUCUUGUUAUAUCCAACGACAAAAUACAGUGAAUGUGUGGUGAUGGGAAUACAUGUUGUCUGUGGAAUUACUGCAAACAUAUACAUCCGAGUGUCCUAACGUCAAAGAUGUUUCCUAGCUCCCAGAGAAAUGAUCAUUAAACCAAUCAAUUGUAUGAUUAUUUGUGGGGAGUUUAGGUCCUCUUUGGUGUGCAGUAUUUCAAUGUGAACAUGAUUAUUCAGAGUGGGAGAAUUGUUUUAUAUUUUUCUACGUGUAUUUGGAUUUUUUAUAUCAUUAAAAUAUUCUCAUGUUAAUCCAGAAUUAUAUUGGAUUAGUACAAUAAAAAAAAUCAAAUUAUUAUAA